AUGGGUUCAGCAAAGAUUCUUGUGGUUGGCAGCGUGAGUGGGCAGCUGAAAAAGGCGUUCGACAAGAUCUCGAAGCUGCAAACCAAGCAGAAUUUCAGUCUUGCACUUAUCAUUGGUGAUUUGUUUUCAGGAAGCGAUGGCGAAGACCGAGCCGAGGACUUGCGAGCAUUACUCUCCGGCCAACUCAAUGUUCCUUUACCGACCUAUUUCACCAUGGGCAACUCGGCUUUUCCAGAGGCAGUCAGAGAGAAGCUAGAAGCGGACGAAGAUCUGUGUUCGAAUCUGUUUUACCUCGGCCGCAAAGGCACCAUGACCACCGCUGAGGGAAUCAAGAUUGUCGCGUUAGGCGGUAGAGCCUUACAAAAUGAAUCAGCUACUUCCCACAAGCCUGGGAAGUGUGAUCCGCUGUACAUCGAGAACGAUGCAAGGGGGCUUCACGGGGCGCAUUCCGCUCACAUUCUGGUUACUAAUCAGUGGCCGGCGGACAUCACGAAUGGUUCAAGAGUCGAAUGCCCUGCAACACUUGACAAGGAGUCGGGUUCGAGAUCGAUCUCGAAUCUCUGUCAAGUCUUGAAGCCAUGGUAUCACUUCUCGAGCAGUCCAGAAGCCGUGUAUGAGCGGGAGCCCUUUAAACACGUCAUAGACUACAGCUCUCUAGAGGAAGCACCAGUCACUAGAUUCAAGAGCCUUCCCAGCGUCUCUGCACCAACCAAAGAAUGGAUGACGGCAUUCUCGCUGGACACUUCUCGCCCACCACCAACCUUAGAGCCUCCCCUCGAGUCACCCUUCACAAGGUCAUCACCUCCACGAAAGCGCCAGAUCAUGGACGACUCCGAAUCCUACAACAGAUACUCUGCCAAAGGAUAUGAAGGCCGGCAGUCAAAACGUUCUCGGCGGGAUCGCGCAAAGGAUCCAAAUGACUGUUUCAUGUGUCUAAACAAAGCCGGCGCAAAGACUCAUCUAGUUGUUUCCCUGGCUGAUGAAAGCAUGGUAACUGCGUCACGGGGACCUCUCCCAUUGCCAUCAACAUUUCCCCAGCUCUCGUUCUCUGGUCACGUCAUGAUCAUCCCCUACUAUCAUGCUGCCGAUGAAAUGGCCCAGGGCAAGAGAAUACCAGCCGAGUUAUCGACCGAAUUUGCAGAGAUGAACAAAUUCCGCACAGCUCUGUCGGAGAUGAUUGGAUCGAAGAGUCAAGGACAACUUGGUGCCGUCUGUUGGGAAGUCAAUCGGACCGGAAUUCGUCACCACCAUUGGCAACUCAUGGCUUGCCAGGCCGAGCCAAUCAAGAAAGGCUUGGUUGAUGCUGCUUUCAAAGUCUCCGCUGAAAAACACGAAUAUCCUACUUUCCAACCGUGCGAGCCUGACGGUCAGCUUCCAGUCCGGUCUGAUUUUUUUCGGGUCUGGACUUGGGUAACUGAUCCAGUUCAGAUGGCUGAUCACACCAAUGGUAAUAGUGACAAAGUGAUUGGUGUCUCCAAAUCGAUGUACUUCCCCCUCCCGUCCGACCAAAAGUUUAAUAUCUGGUUCGGCAGGGAGGUCAUGGCGGGACUAUUGAAGCUCGAGAACCGAGUGAACUGGAUGGACGCUCUGCUACGGAAGGAAGGUAGUGAGCAAGCGGCAGAAGAAGAGGAUGCCCAAGGUUUGCGGGAAGACUUUGAGGAGUUUGACUUUGCUAUGAAGUGA